GUUGCUAUCGCGAUUCUGGUUUGAAUUUUUUCGGUUAGUUUGAUAUUAAACGGUUGUCUUCGUGCUGACGUCACAGAUAUGAUUGCUAGUUCAGUUUUAGUGUUUUUUCUUUUAUUUUUUGGACAAAUAAAUUAGUGUUUGAUAUGAAUAAAGGAUUUAUAUAGCUUAAAUGUAAGAUUAAUGUCAGGUUUGACUGAGUGGGGGAAAAGUCCUGACAAAUAGUGGAUAUUAGUACUGAAGUGGUGGAGAGACCUGAUAAUCAAUAACAAGUGUGAUGAUCUGAGGCAUAGUGCUGAUGGUGAAGUGGAAAAACUAAAGAUCUGAAUUCCUCCUGAGGAACCAGUUGCAGUCUCUGUGACCUCCAAGUUCAGCAAGUGAUGUUGAAUCAAAAUGAACGUUUACAGCAUGAACAGUGAACAGAGUAUCAUCAUUAACUUGUUAAUUGUCAGUAAGGUUUGUCUGAAGAGGUAACUAACUAUACGUCAGUCAUCAGAUUUAGUUUGGGUAAACAGAAGACAGAUAUGAUGAGGUCUGUGUUCCUUCUCUGUUCCUUGAUUUUGUAGCUUGAAUGCUGGAGAUCAAAAUCAUGGAAAUCAGUUCCAAUGACUUGCUUUCCAAAGUAAGUUGAACGCAGCAUUAGCAUGGGAGAAAUGGAACAGUUUGAGCAAGUAAAUAAAUCAAACGUUUAGUAAAGUGAAAAUCAACCAGCAUGACAGAGAAGAGGCUAAAAACUUCUUUAUUUUUUAUUUUAUUGCCAGUUUAUUUUUUUUAACACAGCAAAGUCUAUCAAGUCUUACAUGUGACUUUUGGGACAAUGAGGCUGAGAGUGCGCAAAGCAUCUCAGCAGCCAAGCAGCACCCCACCACCUGCCCGUACCACCAAGGCCAAGAGGAAGCACUCUGAAGUGGAGCACACCAGGUCCUCCGGAGGAGCCACCAUGCAGAAGAGUGACACUGGCAUCUUCUCCACCAUCAAGAGAUUCAUCAGGGGUAAUUCUGUCAAGGUGGAGCAGUGUACCCCUGCGAAGAAGAGCCGUGUGGAUUGUGAUUCUGACAGUAACUUGAUCACAUCCACCCCACCCACUGGGAACCUGUCCAGCAGAGCUAACCCUAGAACUCGCAGAAAAGGACCUGCCAAUGGAGACACCAUGGCAUGUCAGAGUAAACUGGUGAAGCCCAAUGGGAAGUUGGAGGUGCAGACUGAAGCCCCCAGCAGUCCACCUCGCUCCACCCUACUAGGAACCAUCUUUUCUCCGGUUUUCAACUUCUUCUCACCAGCCAACAAAAAUGCUACAUCAGGCUCAGACUCCCCGGGGCAGGCAGUCGAGGCUGAGGAGAUUGUUAAGCAGCUGGACAUGGAACAGCUGGAGGAGACCCCUACUAGCACUACCACAGACAGUAGCAGAGACAUCACAUUUGACCCAGCACUAAACCCAAGACCUCUGCUGCCUACAGAUGCAACUGAGGAAGAGGGGGAGAUUGUUACUGAGGCAGAUAUGCCACCUUUGACAGUGGUUGGAUCCAACAACAAUUACCCGGAUGUUCCAACCUCGCCCCCUGCAGAGGGGACAUAUGAAGAAGACUGGGAGGUUUUUGAUCCCUAUUUCUUCAUUAAGCAUGUUCCACCAUUGACCGAGGAGCAGCUUACACGCAAGCCAGCACUUCCACUCAAGACCAGGAGUACUCCAGAGUUCUCUCUCGUCCUGGAUCUGGAUGAGACAUUGGUCCACUGCAGUCUGAAUGAGCUGGAGGAUGCAGCACUGACAUUUCCUGUGCUUUUUCAAGACGUCAUUUACCAGGUGUAUGUACGGUUGCGGCCAUUCUUCAGAGAGUUUCUAGAGCGCAUGUCACAAAUCUAUGAGAUUAUUCUUUUUACUGCUUCCAAGAAAGUGUAUGCUGACAAGCUGUUGAACAUUCUGGAUCCUAAGAAACAGCUGGUUAGGCACAGAUUGUUUCGUGAGCAUUGCGUAUGUGUCCAAGGAAACUACAUCAAAGACCUUAACAUACUAGGGAGAGAUUUGUCCAAAACUAUAAUAAUUGACAACUCGCCUCAAGCCUUUGCAUACCAGCUGUCCAAUGGCAUCCCCAUUGAAAGCUGGUUUGUAGACAAGAAUGACAAUGAGCUCCUGAAGCUGGUCCCUUUCUUGGAGAAGCUGGUGGAAUUGAAUGAAGAUGUUCGGCCACACAUAAGAGAGAAGUUCCGCUUGCACGACCUCUUACCCCCUGAUUGAGGCAUCUGAUGCUCGCAGAUCCGUCUGACUGUUUUAGUAAAUUGGAUUUUCCAAAAAUGGGGGGACAGAAAUGUACACAACUUUGAACUCUAAUGAGGAUUUCAACUACCAUUUUACUUUUCCCAAUUAUGUUUUAUGUGGAAAUGGGGGUGGGUUGUCAAAUUUUAAAGGAAUGACUUUUGGGUAUGCAUACAUUUUAUAUAAACAUGUGAAUAUAAUUGUAAUUGAAGGAAAGAUCAAAAUUUCUCAGCUUUGACUGCCUAGCCACUCUACAGAUAUUUGUAUGGCCUGGCAAUGGAGGAGACUCAAAGCAAGUUUCUGUUCCCUUUUUUUGCCUAAAUUGGACUUCAUGUAAAGUGCUGUGGAGAAGAGGACUGAUGUCACUCCUUUUGGUGCUCAAGGGGACACUCUGCCCUCACUAGCCAUUGAUCAUUCAACCUUUCGGAAUGGCCAGUUAAUUAUGGUUUCAUAAACAUAUAAAUAUAUACAUAUUCAGUUGUGUGUAUAUGUAUAUAUAACAUUUGUACAUAUGUAUUUUCCUGUCAGGUUUGUAAAACGUUCCUUUUGCUCUUGAGUUCAACAUGCAUUCCUUUUAGUUGGAAGGCUUGUUUGAUAGAUAUGCUGACUUUUUAUUGAUUUUUACUAUAGGUUUGAAGUUUUAUUUUUAAAUGGCUUCUCUUAUGCUUUGUUUUAUAAAUGCUUUUAGACUGGUUUUAAAAAAGAAAAGAAAAAGGCAUCCAGUCAUCUGUAAGAUGCGUAGCAUAAUGAUGGGAGUGGGGUGGGUGGGUGUCAUAAUAAUGUAAAUCACAAAACUGUCUUUACUGCCUCUUGUGUAUUAUUCGCUGAUAUGACAAAUGAAUCAAGGCAUUUGGUUUAUGACUUUCACUUCGUAUGUUCUUUGGGGAGUUUUAAUGUUUUUAUUCAAUUGUUAGUUUGUUUUAUAUGCCAAGUAUAGGUAAAAUGUAAAAUGCUCUAUGUGCUUUUGAUUGCUUUUUCUGUGAAAAUAAUGCCUGGUCUCUUCAAGAAAUGUCUGGUAAAUGUAGCACCAGCACAUGGACUAGCCUGAUCGCUGCACAUGCGUCAUAUUCAGUGUUUUUCUCUAGCCAAUUCAAUCUUGCUUUUGAACUCAGUCCACUGUUUUAGGAAUCAUGUACAAUUCUACCUCUCUUUGAAGGGUAGACCCUGCAUUUCAUUCAGUGUUACCCCAAUGUUUUUUUCUAUGGACAUUAAUACAUUAUUUUUAUGUAUCA